AUGCAUUGUUUUAUUCAGUUUUUCAUUUCUGUUUUCCUUUUCUUUCUUAGCAUUCUUGUUGUUGUUGUUGUUGUUUUUCUUUCUCUUCGAUUUAUUUUUUUCAUUCCUUUCUUUGUAUUUGUUUCCUUUCUUUUUUCGUUCAUUCUUUCUUUCUUUCCUUCUUUCUUUCUUUCUUUCUUUCUUUCUUUCCAUUUCUUUUCUUUCUUUCUUUCUUUCUUUCCAUUUCUCCUCUUUCUUUCUUUCUUUCUUUCUUUCUUUCUUUCUUUCUUUCUUUCUCCUCUUUCUUUCUUUCUUUCUUUCUUUCUUUCUUUCUUUCUUUCUUUCUUUUCAAUUUUUGUUUCUUUCUUUCUUUCUUUCUUUCUUUCUUUCUUUCUUUCUUUCUUUGCUCAUAUUUCACAUUUCUUCCCAUUUUUUUGUUUCUUGUUUUCUUUCCCUCUUUCUUUUUCAUGUAUCCCCAUUUUCUUUCUUUCUUUCUUUCUUUCUUUCUUUCUUUCACUUUCCUUCCUUCUUUUCUUAUUAAACAUCCUUGAUAAUAAUCAUUGCAUUAUUUAUUAUUCUUUCUAUUCUUGA